AUGGUAUCAAAUUUAAUACCUACAGAAAUCAAUAUUGAUAUGUCUCAAAUGCAGUACAACGACGAGGAAGAUAUGGGUAAAACGGCCCAUCACAAUAUCACUGUGGAACUGAAAGAGAUUGCAUGUUCUCCAAUCCCAACCAACAUCUGUUCUCAUGGAAUAGAACAUUUCCGGAAACUUACCGAGAAAAAGAAUGAAGAACUCGAAGAUAUCGUCGAGAAGCUAGAAGCAUCUCGUGGUUAUGACUCAGAACGUAUAAAAAAACGUCUGGAAAAAAUAGGACAACAUCAUGGCUAUAACAAAUCACAAAUGACGAAAAUGUUGGAGAAACUCAACGAAGCAGAUCUGUAUGCGAUACUACACUAUGCAACUACUUUCAACAACGUUCCCUUCUGUAAAAUUAUCAUCGAAGAUUAUGGUUGCUACGUCAAUUUGGUUGGUUGGGACGGCGAAACUCCGUUGCAUAUUGCUGCUCGCUUAACCGAUAUCAAUAAGCCAGAUCAAACUGCGGACUCUUCUAUUUUACUGUACCUGUUAAGUCAAAAGAAGAUCAACAUAAAUAUUCAAGACAGUGAAGGACGAACACCAUUACAUCUUGCUAUCAUGUACAACUGUUAUCAUAAUACACAAUAUCUUAUAUCGGCUGGCGUUAAACGUGACGUUGGUGAUAUUCAAAAGGCCACUCCUCUCCAUUACGCUUGUCGUUUUCAUCAGAAUACUGAUACAAUUGGAUUGUUCUUAGAUGAACCGGAAUUAUUCGAAUGUAAAACAGGAAAUAACAAGAGACCUAUUGAUACCGCAGCCGAAUAUGGCAAUCUCGAUAUUCUCCAACAUCUUUUUGAAACUCAACAAAUCAAACAGCCCGAUGCUACGAAAGGUACAGCAGAACUAAUCAACGCCGCUGUUUGCCAUCAGGAAAAUACAGCUCUAUCCUUUUUGAAAAGACAACAGGACCAUGUACGUCAUCAUCUCAAUACACUACAUUUGGCUUGUCGUCAAUUACAUGGACAUAAAAUGGUUUCUCACCUUAUAAAUAGAGCAAGUAUAAUGUAUCAAGAUAGACAAACUGGCUGUAGCCCGUUAAUGGUUGCUGUUCAACAUAAGCAAAUUAAAUGUGUGCAAGAAUUACUUAGUGAUAAAGCUUGUACGAAGGAAGCAAUUGAAUUAGUUAGUUCCGUUACUUUACGCACUGUAUUUCAUAUUUGUGCAGAAGUCAAUAAAAAAGAAAUAACAACGGAACUAUGUCAAUCUCGUUAUUUGUCCAUUUUACUGGUACUCGCUGCCGAUAUAUCGGGUGACACACCUCUUCAUAUUUGUGCUAAAGUUGGCAAUGCGCACAUGAGUCAAAUAUUGCUAGAUUAUAUCAAAAACAUCUCUUCUCCCGUGGAGACUAUUUCAAACACAACACAAUAUCGAAGUAUGACUAAUCUAGAUACUAAUGGUCAAGUGCCAUCGAAACCAUCAGCUAGCAAAACGACCACUACUAAUAAGCAAAUGUCCACAAAUAAACACGUUUACAAAAUUCUGAACAAAAAGAAUAAGGACAAACACACACCACUUCAUGUAGCUAUUUAUAACGAAAAUCUGAAUGUUAUUCACGAAAUACUCGAGUAUUCUGAUCCAUCAGUGAUCAAUGCAUGCGACGAUCAGAAGCGCACAAGUUUGCAUAUGGCUGCAGAAAAAGGUCAUGUUGAUAUUAUCAAGGAACUUAUUCAACAUCAAGCUAAUGUUAAUGCGUGUGACAUAAAUGACUGCACACCAUUGCAUGAUGCAGCACGAUCUAGUAUUCAUCAGAAUGAUAACAAGGAACGAGCCGAAUGCAUUGAAAGUCUCGUGAAUGAAGGCGAGGCCGAUAUCAACGCUAUAAAUAUUCGCCGAGAGACACCUUUGCAUAUUGCAUCCGAGUAUGGUUCGAAGAAAUUGAUCAAACGUUUGCGCAAACUUGGCGCCGAUCUUUUUGCAACCAAUGUUCAAGGUUACAACUGUCUCGAAGUGGCCAUCGAGCAAAACAACGAAGAAGUUGUACGAUAUUUCAUUGAUGACGAAAGUGGGUUCGAUUUAAUGCGCAACGCACAGACUCACGAAAAAAAAAGCAGUUGGCGUUCCAAGUUAUUCGGUAUCCAAUGUGAAGUCGAUACGCCAAUGCGCAAACUCAUUCGUGAGAUGCCUAAAAUGGCUUUGCUCAUGCUCAACAAAUGUUCAAUCAUGGUUGGUGAUAGUGGAACAAACGUACAUAAAAUAAUUUUCGUUUAUGAAUUUCUGGAAGAUCAAUACACUAUCAAUGAUUGGGAGGAAGAUAACUUUGGCGUUCAGAAAAAAUCAGAAGAAUUGAUGAGUGCAUUAUAUACUACCAAUAAGGUCGAUCUCAAAAUUUGGAGUUGUUCAACAUUAUUACAUACAGCACGAAUGUUUUUUGAAAUGAUGUCACUGAAAUUUCAUGCAUAUAAAUUAACAAAUGCUGUACCAAUUCUUGAUCCAAUUUGUUUUGGUUUAUUCUUCUUAUUUAUUGUAUUGAUCUGUAUAAGAUGGGAAACAUUACAUGAUGUAGAAUCCUUUGAGCUCAGCUACGAACAAUUGCGUGAAAAAUAUUCCAAUCCAUUUGAACAUUUUCCUGAUAAAAUAAAUCACUUAUUAAAUGCACUCAAUUGA